AUGGGGGAAGGGUGGAGAGUGUACCUAGCAGCAGCAGAGGCGGCAGGGCACAAGGUGGGCGCCAAUGCAGUGAGCGCUCUAGUGGAGGCGCUAGCAGCAGCGGGGCGCACAGAGGCAGCCCUAGCAGCGUUCCGUAAGGGGCGAGCGGAGGGCGUGCAGCCCCUGCCGUACGCUGUGGGGACCAUGAUUAUGGCUCUCGGGCGCGCCGCCAUGGUGGACGACAUGAUGGCGCUGUUUCGAGAGACUCGCAGAGGGGUGCGGGGGGCGCAAAAAGGGGAGAAGAAAAAUGAGGAGUGGAGAAGCAGAGAGCAUGGGGGGGAUGGGGAACGGGGUGAGGGGGGGAGGCAGUGGGAGGGUGUGACGUGGCAGCAGGAGAUGCGGAGUGGGCAUGCGCUGGUGGUGCAGACGCUGGCGUGCCUCGUGCAGCUCCACGACGUGCAGUACGUCCCCCCUGCCUGCCCUCGCUGCCUCCUUCCAUCCCUCUCUCCAUUCGUCCUUCCAUCCCUCUCUCCAUUCCUCCUUCCAUCCCUCUCUCCAUUCCUCCUCUCCUCUCUUCCUCCCUCCUUGCCACAGCAUGCGCUGCUGCUGCAGACCCUGGCGUGCCUCGUGCAGCUGUAUGCCGUGCAGUAUGGCCCCUGCCUGCACUGCCUCCCUCCAGCCCUCCCUCCCUACCCCUCGCCCUCCCUCCCACUCACCAUCACCCAUGCUCCCUCCCUGUCCUCUCACCCACUGUGCUUCUCGA